GCGUGGCUGUGUAUUGGAAGAGUGGCUCCGUUCACUCCAGCACUGCAUCGACCAACCAUUCCCACCCAGAGUCUGGGCAAACAGAGCUCCAGAGAGACAAUCAUGGCGCGUUGGUGGCCAAUUUUGGGCCUUGUGUGCCUGUGCCUGGCAGCGGCACAUGGCCAAGACAAGCUGGAAGGCGUUGACGUAGAGGAGGUGUGCGCCGACCGUCCCGCGGACGAGUACUUCCGCCUGGAUACCGAGGGUGACUGCCGCGAAGUGUACAGGUGCGACAGUGCCGGCGAAGAUGGCCGAUGGCGUCUGGCAUCGAUUCGCUGCGCCGGCGGCCUGGCGUUCGAUGUCUUGCGCCAACUUUGCGAUUGGAAGUCGAAUGUGAAGACUUGCGAUGUGCUCGAGAAGCCCCGCAAGGCCAAGCCCAUCCUGAAGACGGAUGAGCCCAUCUGCCCCGAGGGCAAGCUCUCCUGCGGUGACGGCGAGUGCCUGGACAAGGAGCUCUUCUGCAACGGCAAGUCCGACUGCAAGGACGAGUCCGACGAGAACGCAUGCUCCGUCGACGAGGAUCCCAACCGCGCCCCUGAGUGCGAUCCCACCCAGUGCGCCCUGCCCGACUGCUUCUGCUCGGCGGACGGAACCCGCAUUCCCGGCGGAAUCGAGCCACAGCAGGUGCCCCAGAUGAUCACGAUCACAUUCAACGGCGCCGUCAACGUGGACAACAUCGAUCUGUACGAGGACCUGUUCAACGGCCAGCGCCAGAACCCCAACGGCUGCUCCAUCAAGGGCACCUUCUUCGUGUCUCACAAGUACACCAACUACUCGGCCGUGCAGGAUCUGCACCGUCGCGGCCACGAGAUCUCCGUGUUCUCGCUGACGCACAAGGACGACCCCAACUACUGGUCGGGUGGCAGCUACGACGACUGGCUGGCCGAGAUGGCCGGCUCCCGCCUGAUCGUGGAGCGCUUCGCCAACAUCACCGACGGUUCCAUCAUCGGCAUGCGUGCCCCCUACCUGCGCGUGGGCGGCAACAAGCAGUUCGAGAUGAUGGCCGACCAGUUCUUCGUGUAUGACGCCUCCAUCACGGCCUCCCUGGGACGCGUCCCAAUCUGGCCCUACACGCUCUACUUCCGCAUGCCACACAAGUGCAACGGCAACGCCCACAACUGCCCGUCGCGUAGCCACCCCGUCUGGGAGAUGGUGAUGAACGAGCUGGAUCGUCGUGACGACCCCACCUUCGACGAGUCCCUGCCCGGUUGCCACAUGGUCGACUCCUGCUCCAACGUGGCCACCGGCGAGCAGUUCGCCCGCCUUCUGCGCCACAACUUCAACCGUCACUACAACAGCAACAGGGCGCCUUUGGGUCUGCACUUCCACGCCUCGUGGCUGAAGUCCAAGAAGGAGUACCGCGAUGAGCUGGUCAAGUUCAUUGAGGAGAUGCUGGGCCGCAACGACGUGUUCUUCGUGACCAACCUGCAGGUGAUCCAGUGGAUGCAGAACCCCACCGAGCUGAACUCGCUGCGCGACUUCCAGGAGUGGAAGGAGAAGUGCGACGUCAAGGGACAGCCCUACUGCUCCCUGCCCAACGCGUGUCCCCUGACCACUAGGGAACUGCCCGGGGAGACCCUCCGUCUGUUCACGUGCAUGGAGUGCCCGAACAACUACCCCUGGAUCCUGGAUCCCACCGGCGACGGCUUCUCCGUCUAAGGCCCACUCUUCUAUCUUCCCCCAUUCCUGAAAUCCAAAAUUCCCAAACAGGAGAACAACUCACAGUAGUUCCACCGAGAGUCUGAUAACCUAAAGCAAGAAAGUCCCUACAAACUGUACCAGCGAGCCUACGUUGAACUGUCUACAAAAUACUCAAAUUGUUCAAAUCUUGUGAUUGUGUGAUCCUAACCAGUUUCUCUGUCCGCUAUUAUUUAUGUACACUUUAUUUUCCGACUCCCACAUCUCCCUGUCCUGCCUUCCACUUUCCAUCUAUCUAUGUAUCUGUAUCUCCUUUUACGUAUCUGUAUCUGCAUCUGUCUCUAUGUCUUGCUUCUCUUUUCCUUCUUUUCCAUUUAUGUUGACGAUAAAGUGAUUUGUUUUAAUUUACUUCGCUGCUUCUUUGACCAGUUCAAAGACAAUUUUCACAAUCCAACAAAACCAAGCGCCAAAAAUCGCAGCAGCAAAAUAUCUUCGUAAUUGUAUAAGUAUUUUUUAUAAGAAAAAUAUAAAAAAUAUAUAUAAAAAAAAAUAA